GAAAUCGGAAUCUAGAAGGCCGGGGGGCCGGAAGUGCGCGCUGAACCGCUACGGCACGUCAGGGUGGACAAAAGCAGUGCGCAACGGAGCCCUGCGGACCGUGCAAACAUGGCGGCCUUCUCCGAAAUGGGUGUUAUGCCUGAGAUUGCCCAGGCUGUAGAAGAGAUGGAUUGGCUUCUCCCUACUGAUAUCCAGGCGGAGUCGAUCCCGCUGAUCCUCGGAGGGGGUGAUGUGCUCAUGGCUGCAGAAACAGGAAGUGGGAAAACCGGGGCAUUCAGUAUUCCAGUUAUCCAGAUAGUAUAUGAAACUCUGAAAGACCAACAGGAAGGCAAAAAAGGAAAAACAACGAUUAAAACUGGUGCUUCAGUGCUCAACAAAUGGCAGAUGAACCCGUAUGAUAGAGGCGCUGCUUUUGCAAUUGGGCCGGAUGGGGUUUGUUGUCAAAGCAGAGAAGUAAAGGAGUGGCAUGGAUGCCGAGCUACCAAAGGACUGAUGAAAGGGAAACACUACUAUGAGGUAUCUUGUCACGACCAAGGGCUCUGCAGAGUCGGGUGGUCUACCAUGCAGGCAUCCUUAGACCUUGGUACUGACAAGUUUGGAUUUGGCUUUGGUGGAACAGGAAAGAAAUCCCACAAUAAACAGUUUGAUAAUUAUGGAGAGGAAUUCACUAUGCAUGAUACCAUUGGCUGUUACCUAGAUAUUGAGAAAGGACACGUAAAGUUCUCCAAAAACGGAAAAGACCUGGGGCUGGCCUUUGAAAUCCCCGCACACAUGAAAAACCAGGCCCUCUUUCCUGCCUGUGUUCUGAAGAAUGCUGAGCUGAAAUUUAACUUUGGUGAAGAAGACUUCAAGUUUCCACCCAAAGAUGGAUUUGUUGCUCUUUGCAAGGCCCCAGAGAGUUACAUCGUCAAGUCACAGCACACAGGUAAUGCACAGGUGACACAGACGAAGUUUCUCCCCAACGCUCCAAAGGCACUCAUCGUUGAACCUUCCCGGGAGCUCGCUGAGCAAACUUUGAAUAAUGUCAAGCAGUUUAAGAAAUACGUUGAUAACCCUAAAUUAAGGGAGCUUCUCAUAAUUGGAGGGGUUGCCGCACGGGACCAGCUCUCUGUUUUGGAAAACGGGGUGGAUAUUGUCGUAGGAACUCCGGGAAGGCUGGAUGACUUGGUGUCAACUGGAAAGCUGAACCUGUCUCAAGUCCGGUUCCUGGUCCUGGACGAAGCAGAUGGUCUUCUUUCUCAAGGUUAUUCUGACUUUAUAAGUCGGAUGCACAGCCAGAUUCCUCAGAUUACUUCUGAUGGAAAAAGACUCCAGGUGAUCGUUUGCUCUGCUACCUUGCAUUCUUUCGAUGUGAAGAAGCUGUCUGAGAAGAUAAUGCAUUUUCCCACCUGGGUGGAUUUAAAAGGAGAAGAUUCUGUUCCAGACACCGUGCACCAUGUGGUGGUCCCCGUGAACCCCAAGACCGACAGGCUCUGGGAGCGGCUGGGGAAGAACCACAUCCGGACUGAUGAUGUCCAUGCAAAAGAUAACACGAGACCUGGAGCCAACAGUGCAGAGAUGUGGUCUGAAGCUGUCAAAGUCCUGAAGGGGGAGUACACUGUCCGGGCCAUCAAGGAGCACAAGAUGGAUCAAGCAAUCAUCUUCUGCAGGACCAAGAUCGACUGUGACAACUUGGAGCAGUACUUCAUGCAGCAGGGAGGAGGCCCUGACAAGAAAGGACAUCAGUUCUCCUGUGUUUGUCUUCAUGGUGACAGGAAACCUCACGAGAGGAAGCAGAACUUGGAAAGAUUCAAGAAAGGAGAUGUAAGAUUCUUGAUCUGCACAGAUGUCGCUGCUAGAGGGAUUGAUAUUCAUGGUGUUCCUUACGUUAUAAAUGUGACCCUGCCUGAUGAGAAACAGAACUACGUGCACCGCAUCGGCCGCGUGGGAAGAGCAGAGAGGAUGGGUCUGGCCAUUUCCCUGGUGGCGACAGAAAAAGAAAAGGUCUGGUACCACGUGUGCAGCAGUCGCGGCAAGGGCUGCUACAACACCAGGCUUAAGGAGGACGGUGGCUGUACCAUCUGGUACAACGAGAUGCAGUUGCUCUCAGAGAUAGAAGAGCACCUGAACUGCACCAUUUCCCAGGUGGAGCCCGACAUCAAGGUCCCAGUGGAUGAAUUUGAUGGGAAGGUUACCUACGGCCAGAAGAGGGCUCUUGGCGGUGGAAGCUACAAAGGCCAUGUAGACAUCCUGGCCCCUACUGUCCAGGAGCUGGCCGCCCUGGAGAAGGAGGCCCAGACGUCCUUCCUGCACCUGGGCUACCUCCCCAACCAGCUCUUCCGGACCUUCUGAGGGGCAGUCUGCAUGAACCCCGCCUGCCGUGGCUCCCCUCACAUGCGCCAGGUACUGGCCCAGCCUCGCAGGUCAGGAGCUGCCAGGCGAGUCCAGUGAAUAAAAGAAGCGCAUUGUCA